ACUUGUUAGUUAAUCUGUGAACCUUUCAGGGUUAGUGGCAUUGCUUACAGAGUUUCUUUUUCCUUUUAUGCUCUGUUCUGACUUCUGAAUGUCUGAUUUGAGUGAUUUCUGAAAUCAUUGAUUUUAUGUUGUUAUGCUGCUGCUGUUUUUUAAUUUUUUUUUGCUGAUUGUUCUUGAUCUCUGAAUGUGAAAUCAUUGAUUUUAUGUUGUUAUGCUGCUGCUGUUUUUUUAAUUUUUGUUGCUGAUUGUUCUUGAUUUCUGAAUGUGAAAUCAUUGAUUUUGGGUUGUUAUGCUGCUGCUGCUGUUUUUUUAGGGUGAUUAUUUGUUGCUGUUUUUUCAUUUUUGUUGCUGAUUGUUCUUGAUUUCUGGCUCUGUUAUGCACUUAUGCUGUUGGUGUUUUUGAUUGGGUUUAUGAGAGCUGCUGUUUGUGGUUCUGCUAUGCUGCUGCUGCUUUGUGUUUUUGUUAAAUUUGUAGGUGAUUAUUUGAUUAUUCAGCUCAGGGUUGUGUGUUUUGUCAAUUAGUCUGACUUUAAUAUUAGUUAAGUGCUUUGUAGCUGUAUUUCUUUUUUAAAAUUUCUUUUCCAAUUUUGUAUUAUAGUGGAAAUUGGGAUGGAUUCUACAUUCUAGUACUCCACUCGUUAAUUGUUUCUGUAAAAAAUAAUUCAUACUAUCAAAUUUACUUAGUAAACUGUGCAAUGAACACAUUUUUAAGGUAAGAAAAAUAAAUUGAAGGCUGGGGGCGUGGGGUUAAUGAGGCAUAAAGGUCCUUUAAUUCAAUUUUGAAAAGGAUUUUACUCUUUUUUGUCUGCUUCAAGUUUGUGGAGGGCUGGCGGGAAGAAAUGGUCAUGGGGAUGGACAACAACUCCUUUUUAUAGGGAUGGGGAAGAGAAGGUGCUUCUUUUGUCUCUUGGUAUUGGUGUGGAUUGUCUUCUAUGCUUGCAAGCAUGUGUAUCAGUGUAUUUCUUGUGGGGAGCAUCGUGUCUGACACAAAAAAAAAAGUGCAGAACAUGGUUCCCAAGAGAAGCUUCACAUUGUGUUAACUGUUUUGUGGUUUGUGUUUUGUGCUUUAGGCUUUUAGCUGAUGGGAGAGUAAUACUAAUAUGCUGCUGUUGUGUUGUGCAAUUUUGUGACUUAAUUAUGCUCAGAUAGUUAGAUUAGAUUGUGAUUGUUUUGAUAAUUUAUUGACUUAAUUAUGCUCAGAUACUAAUAUUUUAGGAUGUUUAUUUAUAAUUUAUUUAUUAUUUUAUUUUAAAAUAGUUUUUCUGAUUAGACCACAAUUGGACCGAUUGAAUCAAUGAAUCAGUGACUAGAACGGUUCAACGACCGAUCUGAUUCUUAGAACCUUGAUCCAUACCAUAGAACUUCCCAAACAAAAAUAACCCGUACCACUACCACACAUUUCAAACUCAAACCCCAUUCUCUGAGAAUGUAUUCAGUAUUUCUAUUCUCGGUGGUCGCUCUCUUCUUUCUCCAUCAUCACUCCCAUAUCUUCACCGCGCCCGCUGCUAUGUAAUGUCUCUCCACCGAGGCUGCAACCUUUGAGCUUGUCGCCGAUCUACUCUUCUCUCCUUCUUUCCGCACACUGCCUGAAAGCUCUGCUUCCGGCAUCGUGACCAACACGGCCUCCUUCAGAAACCUAGGUAGCAAAACAAUCUCAGGCAAUAAGGAUAAUCAUGGAGUAGAAUUGAAUUUCAUAAAGUAUCAUGUUGUAUGCAACGAGGUAUGCAGUCCCCAAACUCAUUCGCUUUCUUCUACCAUCAUCUACUUUUUGCCCAUAUGCCCAACAUACAAGGCUAUGUCUUCAUUCACAGCCGCUACCAUCACAAAAUGCCUACAAAUGUGAUAGUGUUCAUGAUGUUGUAGCUUUAUUUAAUUGCAUGGUUGAUAUGCAUCCGCAGCCAUCAAUUGUGGAAUUGACCAAAAUCUUGGGAACGAUUGCAAAAAUGAAACAUUAUACCACAGCUAUUUAUCUUUAUACCCAGAUGGAGUCAAAGGGCAUCCUACCAUUUACUGUUACUUUGAACAUCUUGAUCAAUUGUUAUUGCCAUGUAGGCCAAACAGGUUUUGCUUUCUCGGUAAUGAGCAAGUUUAUUAAGUGGGGUUUUCGGCCAAGUGCUGUAACUUGGACUACACUAAUGAAGGGGUUGUCUCUUAAUGGUAAAAUGUCGGAUGCACUAUACAUUCAUGGUAAAAUUAUUCCUAAAGGAUUUCAGUUUGAUGAAGUUAUGUACGGAACCUUAAUCAAUGGUCUGUUUAAGACGGGAGAAACAAGAUUUGCUAAUCAAAUGCUUCGGCAAAUGGAGAGUCACUUUGUUAGGCUAAAUCUUGUAAUGUACAAUAUUGUUGUUGAUGGUUUGUGCAAGCAUGGACGGUUGAAUGAUGCACUGGAUUUGUAUUCUAAAAUGCCUGAUCAAGGAAUUUCCCCCGAUAUUGUCACUUACAGUUCAUUAAUCUAUGGUUUCUGUCGUGUGGGCCAAUGGAAAGAAGCUAGAUUAUUGCUGAAUGAUAUUGUUGUUAAAAACAUUAGCCUAGAUGUGUAUACCUUUAACAUAAUAAUUGAUGCAUUAUGCAAAGAAGGGAUGCUAUUGCAAGCCCAAGUUAUGUGCGACGUGAUGAUUGAAAGAGGUCAACAACCAGACAUUAUUACUUACACAAUUUUGAUGGAUGGAUAUUGUAGGAACAAUGAAGUUGAUAAGGCAAGAAACUUAUUUGAUAUGGUAAUUGAAAGGGGUUUUGUGCCUGAUGUUUGGAGUUAUAACAUCUUGAUUAAAGGUUAUGUCAAGAUCAAAAGAGUGGAUGAAGCCUUGAGUUUGAUGAAAAGUAAGAAUAUAGUUCCAAACAUUAUAACGUACAAUUCUCUAGUUGAUGGUUUGUGCAAAGCCGGUAGAAUCUCGCAUGCAUGGGAGAUUGUUACAAAAAUGCAUUAUUGUGGUCAACCAUCCCCUGAUGUAAACACUUACAAUAUAUUUUUAGAUUACUUAUGCAAAAACCAGCAUCUUGAUGAGGCAAUUAAAUUAUUUAAAAGACUCAUGUAUGAAAGAAGUUUUGUUCCAAAUGUUUGGAGUUACAAUAUCUUGAUCAGAGGUUAUUGCCAGAAUAAAAGAUUAGAUGAAGCAAAGAAUCUUUUCCAAGUUAUGCGUUUGAAGAAUUUGGAUCCAAAUAUUGUAACUUACAAUAUAUUGUUACAGGCUUUAUGCGACACGCAGCAACUUCGCAAGGCAAUUACACUAUUAAACCAAAUUGUUGACGAUGAUAUCUGUCCUAAUUUGUCCACAUACAAAAUACUUAUACAUGGUUUAUAGAAUUGUGGACAGAAGAUUUUUCAAGCCUUUUUUUCAUUAGAGGAAAUCAUGCAGAUGUCAAGAACAUAUUCAAUCAGCUUUCUCAAGGUGGAUUAUCAGAAUAGGGAAGCUCUUGAUUUACAAUUGGAAGAUAAUUACAAUCUCUCUAAUGCUGUAGCUUCUAGAGAAAAGAAAAAGGACGAGGCACAAACUUUUCUGGAAAUGAUCAUUAGCUGGAUGGCAAGCAAUAAGGUGGGGUGUGUGGUUAUGCUUGUACAGCCAAGGGUAUGGGAGUGACUACUGAGCAAAGCAGUGUUCAACAAUGGUUUAAGCUGUGGAGCAUGUUAUGAAAUAAAGUGUGCAAAUGAUCCACAGUGGUGUUCCCCUGCCUCAAUUGUGGUAACUUCCACUAACUUCUGCCCGCAUGGUGGGCGGUGUGUCCCUCCAAAUCACCAUUUUGAUGUCUCAGCCUGUUUUCCAGCAAAUUUCUCAGUAUAAAGUUGGCAUUGUUCCUGUUGUUUACAGAAGUCUCUCUUUUAAAUGAUUAUAAUCCAUUAUGAUGUGCAAAAUGUCAUUCAUACUCAAUGCCACUCAUACUUCAAUUUAGUCCUAGUAACAAAUUUUGGAGAUGCUGGUGAUGUCCAUGAUGUGGCCAUCAAAAGUUCAAAAACUAGAUGGCAAGCAAUGUGAAGAAAUUGGGGGCGAAAUUGGCAAAGCAACUCUUACUUGAAUGGACAAAGCCUUUCAUUUUUAGUUACCACAAGUAAUUGCCACAGGGUGGUAUCUUACAAUAUUGGACCAUCUUCCUUAAUUCAUAAAGCUUUUUUUAGCAAUAUGAUGAGAGUGAUAUAGCAUCUAUAAAGUAAUAAUUGGGCCAAAGUGAAGAAGGUUAAGUACCCUUAUUAGUAUAUUUUAUCUGUAUUUUCAAGGUUUUAUAAUUUUGCAUAUGGUACUUAUGCCAAUUAGCAGAUGAAAUCUACGAAAAGUAGAUAAAAUCUAAAGAGGCAAAAAAAAAAUGCCAUAUUGCAAUUUGAGGAUGUCAA